CCCACAACCCACCAUGAGUUCAGGAACGUCUCUUGUUGGCUCAAACAAACCUACUUCUGAAACGCAUGGCAUGGGACCCAUGGCACUGCGAGUCCCCUUAUUAAUAAUAGUCAGCCCUACUGUCCCUUUGAAAUGUUUGCGUCUUUGAUCUCUCAAAAUGGCUGAUGCCAACUUCAGUACUUUGGAGGCCGUCAAUCCAGGAUACGAGCCAUUUCGGCAGGGCAAACCGCUUCCAACGGACUCUGGCAAACAGGUGGUAACAGAAGAAGCAGGAAAAUAUGUUGUACCUGUCGUCCCAUACAGCGAUGGCAUCGAAACCACUCCGGUCCAAAAGUAUCCAACGGAAGUGCAAUAUCAUGAACCACCUAUCUACGACAAACAACCAAAUGGAAGGAACCGUAAAUGGCUAUGGAUCGGAGGUGCCAUAUGCCUGAUUGUGGUUCUCGCAGCUGUUCUUGGUGGAGUGCUUGGGUCUAGGAAAAGCAGCAAGUCGUCAACAUCUACUCCAAGUUCUACGCCAUCGAGCAAUGCUACUUUACAACAUCAGAUUGCUGCUGUGGCAUUUCCAUCUAACGAUAUUAACAACACCCGAGUUUAUUAUCAAGCGAAUGACGGAACACUCGUGGAAGCUGCCAACUCGGCAAGUAACACGACAUGGGGUUUUACUUCGAUCGGGCAUCCAGAGAAACUUGACAGCUCUUUGGCUGCUGCAGUUUCAAGACCCGGUUUCCCUCUUGAAAUCAGUGUUUACUAUACCGACAACAACUACCUGCUGCAAGACAUAAUCUAUAACUCGACCACGAACGAAUGGAACUCAGGCACCAUUUCAGGGAGCAACUACAUAACACACCCCAAUUCCAGCCUGUCCGCGACGUACAAUCAAUGCCGUCGCUGUGCUAAUACAACUAUCGUGGCCUAUCAAGAUAUCAAUGGCUUUGUCCAGGUCGCCAAUUUGACCUCUUCUGGUUGGACUUUGACACAACUCAAAUUUGAUGCAUAUACUGGAACAGGACUGGCUUUACAACCUUUCUAUCGUGCAGGUUCGCAAGAUCAAAUCAACCUAUAUCACCAAACAUCGGAUCUCAACAUCACCCUCGGGAGUUGGGAUCCGACUCUUUCGAAUACUGGAGUCGAUGGCUGGUCGGACACUGAACAGGUGUAUAAUGUUGGCGUUGCAGGCACGCCACUUGCUGCAGCUUCGUCCUACACGAAUGUGACCUCAGGAUUUGAGUCAUGGAUUCAAAUGUUGCAGCUCUCAACCACUGGCAUUGAAGUUAAUACGUGGUCUGGAAAUAUCAACGACUGGCUAGACCAGUACAAUCAUCCUUCACCAAUGGCCAAUUCAAGCGUGAACGUUAAGGAGUAUGAUUCGAUAGCUGUGACCGCUAUCGGAAGUGCAUUUGCUGUUGUGAAGUCGUCGGGAAAUGACUCUAUACAAUCAUGGCAAGUCAGCGAUGAUCUUCUCGACUGGACUUCAACGGGAACGGUAGCAGUUUGGGCCUAGAAUGGUGCAUUCCGAAGUUUUGGGUGUUUUUCAUGUAGGUAAUUAUUGCAGCGAGAGGCGUUCUGGUCGCGGCUUGUCCACGAGCAAUGCAAAUUAAUUCCGU